CAGCGUGACUUGGACUAUGAUCGAACGGUACUUGCUUCCCCUAAAUCUCUAGCCUAAGGUGGCUGUUAAACCCUAAGUUUCCUUGACCUGAUUGUGACGUCGCGCAACAAUGGCUGGAGGCAAGAUGAAGAAGGAGAAGCCGAAGGGGAAUAGAGCUCCGUCGAACCACUACCAAGGAGGCAUAUCCUUCCACAAAUCGAAAGGUCAGCACAUUCUCAAGAAUCCUCUUCUCGUUGAUUCAAUCGUCCAGAAAGCUGGAAUCAAGAGCACCGAUGUGAUCCUCGAGAUCGGUCCCGGUACCGGAAACUUGACGAAGAAGCUUCUAGAAUCCGGCAAAGAAGUUAUCGCCGUCGAGCUCGAUCCUCGUAUGGUUCUCGAGCUGCAGCGCCGGUUCCAGGGAACUCCCUACUCUAGUCGAUUGAAGGUCAUCCAAGGGGAUGUACUCAAGACGGAGCUUCCGCAUUUCGAUAUAUGCGUGGCCAACAUCCCGUAUCAAAUAUCUUCUCCCCUCACAUUCAAACUGCUCUUUCAUCCAACUAGCUUCAGAUGCGCCGUGAUAAUGUACCAGAGGGAAUUCGCUAUGAGACUCGUCGCCCAGCCCGGUGACAACCUCUACUGCCGUCUAUCUGUGAACACUCAGCUCUAUGCCCGUGUCUCUCACCUCCUCAAAGUCGGGAAGAACAACUUCCGCCCACCACCGAAAGUGGAUUCCUCGGUUGUCAGAAUCGAGCCCAGGAAGCCUCGUCCUCAGGUGAACUCCAAGGAGUGGGAUGGGUUCAUAAGAAUCUGUUUCAUCAGAAAGAACAAAACCCUAGGAUCCAUCUUCAGACAGAAGAACGUCCUCUCAUUGCUUGAGAAGAACUACAAGACGCUUCAGGCGCUGCAAGCUUCACAGAACGGUGGUGGGUCAACGGGAGAGUCUAUGAAUGUGUCAGAUUUUGGUGACCAGAGCAUGGGGAUUGAUGAUGACGAUGACAAUGAAGUGGAUGAUGAGAUGGAGAUGGACGACGGAGAAGGAGAUGGAGAGGUGUCUGAGUUCAAGGAGAAAGUAUCGAACGUGUUGAAAGAAGGUGAUUUUGAAGACAAGAGAUCUUCUAAACUAUCUCAACAAGAGUUUUUGUAUCUCCUCUCCUUGUUCAACAAGGCUGGCAUUCACUUUUCUUAAGCCAAUGUUCCAAAGUUUUGUUCUGUCCGGUCAUUAUAGCUCACAAGGGGAUUUCAAUUUUCGUGUUUUGCCCUCUGUCUGCAUUGUUUGGUUUCAGACUUAUGAUUAAAGCUAAACCAUAUUGGAUUCUUCC